AUGGCAAUUAAUAAUGUUGAUGCUAUUCGCCCUUCAAAUUUUGUUAUUGGUACAGAGGCGCGAGCUUUUCCUGACUUUUAUUUAUAUACAUCAGAGUCGUACAAGAAAAUUUUUAAUUUUGCUUCACAAUUUACUGAAGCAUUUUCGAAAGAAUCAACACCAAUAAAUGGCUGGCUAUCAAACGUUAUUGAUAAAUUUCAUGCACAAUUAAAUAGGCCAAAUCUUUAUGCACGAUUACCUAAUUAUAGUGGAAUAAGACAAAUAUCAGAAGUUGAAAUAAGUGUAAAAGGAUCAACGAAAAGAUUUCAAAUUGAUUUACAAAAAUCGAUGCAAAAUCUUCAGAGAUUAUCAUCAUUGGUGAAAUAUCAAGCAAUUGCUUUACAAGAUAGUCGUACUUUAUGGCAUCGUGCUAUUAUAUUAGAUGCUGAAGCUAAUUUAUCAAACGUCUGUGUUUAUUUUGUUGAUAUUGGUCAUAAAGAACGCAUUUUAAUAAAUAAUAUUUAUGAAUUACCUAUAGAAUUUGAAAGUAAACCAGCAUUUUCUAUUCCAUGUUGUUUAUAUAAUGUAUGUCCAAUUGAUGGUAAUGAACGAUCAAUAUGGAAAUUAGAUGAUAAAGUCUAUGAUGAAUUUAUUAGACUUAUGGUUAAUACUGUUAAUUGUACAGUAUGCUCAAAAUAA